AUGCUCACGCGCGUUCUAGCAGCAACACAGGCCGGGAGCCUGCGGCUCGCGGCACGAGUGUGCGGGCCAGCGGCAGGGGCCGGCGUCGCCGCAUCCAUGGCGACGUACCGCAAGCGUAUCGGCUCGCGCCCGCUGCGGUCGCGGCUGGAGGCCGUCGGCGGCACGGCCAGCGACGCUGCCCUUGGCCUCCGCGCCAACAACAACCUGCGCCUGGUGACGCUUGACACCGAGGCCAAGGCCUCGCUCUCGAGCAACCUUCUCGCGGAGCUGCAGGAGCACUAUGCGCGGUGGUCGAUUGACCCCAACGUGGCGGCGGUGGUGCUUCAGGCUUCACCCAAGACCAACAAGGUCUUCUCGGCCGGCUUUGAUCUCGAGGCGCUCGCCGGCGACAAGGCGGCCGCAUACCUCGCCGAGUACUUUAAGCUUGCCGAGCUUGUCAGCGCGCGGUUUGAGAACCACCACAUUGCGCUCAUCGAUGGUCAUGCGGCGCUGGGUACGUUUGGCGUCUCGGCCGCAGGGCGGUGGUCGGUGGCGACCGAGGCUGCGUCAUUGGCGGUCGACGAGGUCCGAGCCGGUUUGCCAGUCACCGGAGGCGCGUCGUACGUGCUCGCGCGGAUGCCGUUUGGCAUGGGCGCGUACAUGGGCCUCACCGGACGGCGGCUCAACGGCCGGUCACUCCUUCACGCUGGUCUUGCCACCCACUACCUGGGCUCGGACAAGCUGCCUGCGCUGCUUGAUGAGCUUGCUACGCUCACGACCGACGCCGCGUCGUAUGAGCGCAUCAACGACGUCCUCACAUUUUUCAUCGACAACCUCGAAGGCAACGCAGCAUGGCUCGAGCUCGAAAAGUCGCCUGAAGGCCUGGCUCACCGCCGCGCCGCCCUCGACAAGACCCUGUCCGGGCGCGAUGGCGGUGAGCCGUCGGGCGCGCUGGAGUGGACCUUUGGCGAGGCGCCGUCCAUGGAGAUGUUGGUUGAGCGGCUGUCGGUCCUCAACUCGCCGUGGGGCGCCCGCAUGCUGGCAUCUCUCGCCUUUUGCUCGCCGCUGGCGCUCAAGGUCUCGUUCGAGCUCAUCCGCUCUGCCGCUGAUAAGACGCUGCACGAGGCCAUGCGCGACGAGUACCGCGCCGCCGUUCGCCUUAUCAAGUCACCGGACUUUGCCGUCGGCCGCGAGUCGUACGCUCGCGUUGCUGCCCUCGGCUCGCUCAACCCGGCCUCGGGCUCCGUUCCCGCCAAGCUGGAGCCGCCGUCGUGGCCAUCGGGCUCGGUCGCCGACGUUGCCGACGCCGACGUUACCGCCAUCAUCAACACGCCGCUCUCGCGCGGCGCUGACGGCGCCAGCGACCUUGUUUUCAAGGCGUAGUAAUAGACCCUGCAGCCAACUCUC